AACCGAUUGGUAUACCAAAGAGAUCAUCUACGGAAAUGAGCUAUUCAAUCACCAGCAUUAAGUAUAUCGAACCAGAGGUCCUCAAGAGCUGGUUCACGUCCGGCUCAUCUACAGGAAAUGGUUCCUUUAAAGUCGUUGAUGUUCGUGAUUCCGAUCACGUUGGUGGACACAUAAGGGGAUCUCUACACUUCCCAACGUCAUCAUUGGCAUCAGAUAUGGAUGCUCUUAUAGAACAGGUUAAGAAUGCUGAUGAUAUCGUCUUCCAUUGUGCACUGUCACAACAAAGAGGCCCCUCAGCUGCGAUGAGAUUUCUACGCUCAGUGGAACAGGGUUUCUUAGAUGAUAAGAACGUAUGGGUGCUGAGAGGUGGUUUCACAGAAUGGCAAAGGCUCUAUGGCGAAGAUACCAACGUAACGGAAGGUUAUCAAAAGGAUAUUUGGCAAUACGGUUAUUAGCUUUAUGUAUUCCGUGGCUACUUCGUCAAUCAAAGAAAAAAAAAAUAAACUAAAC